AUGAAAGAACAAGGAAUACAAAAUAGAAGUGAAAAUUGCCUGAUGAAUAUAAUUCCAAAAAUAAUUGUCGUUGAUGAAGAUGGUGAACAUUUUUUAAACCAGAAACAUGAGAGACCAAGUACUUCAUCCCUUGUGCUAAAUAAAUCACCGUUAUCACAAAAACCAAUAUUGAAUCAAAGACGAUUUUCGGCAUCACCGACAUCACCGAGACGUCGACAAUCAGUUUCACCUUCGCCAGCAAAACAAACUCGUCAACAAUCAGUUUCACCAUUGCCAGAACUACACAGCCGUCGACAUUCUUUUUCACCUUCGACAGCACAACAAGGUUAUCGACGGUCAAUUUCACCGUCGCCAGCACUUCAAAGUCAUCGACUUUCAUUUGAACCUCCUACAGCACAACAAAGUCGUCGGCAACCAGUUUCACCUCCGUUAACACAACAAAAUCGACGGCAACCAGUUUCAACUUCAUUAACACAACAAAAUCGUCGACAUACGGUUUCGCAUUCAAAAGAACAAAAUCAACAAAAUUCAAAGUCACAAAAAUCGACGUUUUCAAAAUACAUCAAUGUUGAUUCGGUUCCGUUUGUUGAGCGUUCAGUCAAAUCUGCAUCAACCGACAGAAAACGAUUGAAUGAACCAAGUGGCAUUCGAGGACGAUCAAAUUCGACAACAACUUCAACAUUAACCGACAGAAAACGAUUGAACGAACCAAGUGGCAUUCGAGGACGAUCAAAUUCGACAACUUCAACAUCAUCAGUCCGUUCUCGUUCUAUGUGUAGUGUGAAAAGUGUCAAGUGUCGAGAAUCAAAUGUAUUUAAACUGUCGCCCGAAUCUAUUACAAGAUCUAAAUCUUCGAAUGACAUUGCUUCAGUUUUAGAUAGUGGAUUUUCACAAGAUUUCACAGAAACAAUAUCUUCUAUAAGACGUGUUAUUUCGCAUGAGAGUGUGUUUAUAGAAGAUCUCCAUCCAACAGGACGUUCAUUUAUAUGUGAAACCUAA